AGGCCGGGCCGGGCCGGGCCGGGCCCACAUCGAGCCGCUCGGGUGAGACAGCGGCCGCCUCCUUGCCGCGGCCCACGUGAGUGAUGGCGGAGACCGGAGCGGAGCGGAGCCGAGUCCCGGGGCCUGCCCCGUCCACCGAGCUCUCCCUGGCCCGCACCCGCACCCAGGGCCCGGGCACCAGGAGCGGCGGCACGGCCAGACCUGCAGGUCCUCAUCGACGGGUUGCUAAUCAGAUUCCUGAAGACAUCCUGAAUGACAGAGAGCUGCAGGAGGCUGUCAGGGUGCUUCCCAGUAAUUAUAACUUCGAGAUUUGUAAGACUGUCUGGAGAAUAAAGCAAGCGGAAGCUAAGAGAGUUGCCCUGCAAAUGCCUGAAGGACUCCAGAUGUUUGCCUGCACAAUUGCUGAUAUCAUAGAAAGGUUCACUGAUGCGGACACGCUGAUAAUGGGUGACGUCACGUACGGAGCAUGUUGUGUGGACGACUUCACAGCCAGGGCCCUCGGAGCUGACUUCAUGGUCCAUUAUGGCCACAGCUGUCUCGUUCCCAUUGAUGCCACGGCCGGAAUAAAGAUGCUGUACGUGUUUGUGGACGUCAAGAUCGACAGCGCACACUUUGUGGACACGGUUCGCCACAAUUUCCCUCAGGGCUCGGCGCUAGCUCUGGUCAGCACCAUCCAGUUUGUGACAGCGUUGCAGUCCACCAGCCAGGAGUUGCGAUUGGAAUAUGACGUGUGUGUCCCUCAGUGCAAGCCGCUGUCACCGGGCGAGAUCCUUGGUUGCACCUCGCCGCACAUUGGAAAGCCAGUGGCUGCCAUCAUUUACCUAGGUGACGGGCGCUUUCACCUGGAAUCCAUCAUGAUAGCGAACCCUGGCAUCCCAGCCUACAGGUACGACCCCUACAGCAAAGUGUUCUCCCGCGAGUACUACGAUCACGAGCAGAUGCAGGCAAUCAGAAAGGAAGCCAUUGCGACGGCAGCGAAGGCAAAGACGUGGGGACUGAUCCUUGGAACUCUUGGACGGCAAGGCUCCCCGAAGAUCAUGGAGCACCUGGAAGCCCAGCUUCAAGCCCUCAGUGUGCCCUACAUCAAUGUCCUGUUAUCCGAGAUCUUCCCAGACAAACUCCGGCUUUUCCAGGAGGUGGAUGCGUGGGUCCAGGUUGCCUGUCCAAGACUUUCCAUCGACUGGGGAAAAGCUUUUUCCAAACCUCUGCUCACACCAUACGAGGCAGCUGUGGCUCUCAAGAAGGUCGAGUGGCAGCAGCGGUACCCCAUGGAUUAUUACGCCAACCAGUCGCUCGGCCCGUGGACCGUCAACCACGAAACCCACCAAGCCGCCAGGAGGAUGAGGAAAACACAGGCCAAAGCAGCAGAGUCAGUGGGAGCAGCCGUGAGGGGUACGUGCACAGAUUCCAAGUGCCUGCGAGAGGAGUCAGUCAGGAGCCCACCGGAGGAGCAACCUUCCCCUCCUCAACAGUGACGUGACGUGUCGGUGUCCCGGCAUCGAGGCAACGCCACUGCAGCUGAGGCGACGGAAGCAAUGGAUCCAGGGAUCGAAGGAAGCCCAUGUCACAUCUCAACCCUGGCUCGUUCAGCUUGAGCAGACGCUCCUGCAACCUUGUUAAGUGGCAAGUGUGGAAAAAUGGGGCAGUUCUGGUGUUUUGAUUCAGAUUGCACCACACCUGCUGUUGGAGAAGGAGUACGGGUCCAGUUCUUGGGCUGUAGUUAGCCUCAGCUCCGGCCGUGGUGGGUUAGUGAUUUGGGGCAAUCUUUGACUGACAAUAAUGCAGAAAUAAAUUGGCUGAGAGUUUUGGCAGCUGUUGAAUUUAUUCACCUUUGCUUGUUACUUGAUGGUGGACUUUUUUCAAUUGUUCUGAGUCCUUUUCCAACUGUCCCUCAGGAUCAGGUGUGCGCUAGUUCUGUGAGUUGUGAGAUGGCUGAUGUGGCUGUGGGGUUCGUCACAGGUUGGCCAGGAGAUGCUUGGCAGGUUUCGUAGAUAGACACACAGUCCACUACUUCCAUUGGUCUCACUGGGUUCUCCCAUCACAUAGAUUAGCAGAUCAUAAAGCCACACAAAUUCUUCUUCUCCAUUUUGAGUGUUCAUGGGCAAGGGUCCUCCGGGUCAGUAACAAUACUUCAAUCCUUUUCAAGGUGGCGUUAGGAGCAUCCUUGAUUCUUUAUCUCUGUCCACCCGGUAACUGUGGCACAGUUGGUAGAGCUGCUGCCUCACAGCGCCAGAGACUCAGGUUCCAUCCUGACCUCAGAUUCUGUCAGUGUGGUGUUUGCACGUCCUCCCUAGGACCUAACAGGUUUUCUCUGGGUGCUCCGGUUUCCUCCCACAUCCCAAAGACUUGGGGGUUUGUAGGUUAAUUGCCCCUAGUGUGUAGAGAGUGGAUGAGUAAGUGGGAUAACAUAGAACGAGUGUGAACGGGUGAAAACUGGUCAGCGUGGGUGGGCCGAAGGGCCUGUUUCUAUGCUGUAACUUUCAUCAUCAUGCACAGAAUGUGUAAAAUAUCCUAAGGCACAGUGUACAGAGACAUGUGACAGUGAGAGAGAGGAAUCUGUAUUGUCAGAGGGAAGAGAGAGAGAGAGAGUGACAGAAACAUAAUGCUGCCCGAUAAGCUUCGUCUAGAUAUAGGUUUAUUAUUGCCGAGGUACAGUGAAAAGCUUUUGUUUGCUUUCUGUCCAAUCCAAUCAGAUGAUGCUAUACCUGAGUACAAUCAAGCCAUACAGAAGUACAAAAGGUGAAAGAGAUUUUUUAAAGGAGUGGACCAAGUGAUAGUAGAUCUUCCUCUGGGACCAGCACACAAAUUGUCACCAAGCUCUGGCGCCAUCGUGCAGAUGUAGAGUGUCUGCGCUGCUUACAGAGGGUUCAGGGACACAGUGGUGUGUUAAGUGAUACAUAGGUAAGGCCUUAGGUGGGGAAUGGUGAGAUGCAAAAGAUAACACUGCAUGGAGAGGUGGGUAGAGGCUCACAUGAUGACUACUGCACGGCAGUGGCAUUGAGAUGUUCAGGGGACACCAUACUCUUCAGACAGAUGGAGAUGUAAAGCUCUGAGAGGUUCACCUGCGAUCAGUGUUAGUAUUGCGCAGGUGGUGGGGAUUGGGAAGGGGAGGACAACCUUGAAAGAAGGCUUACGUCUGUAUGGAGGCAGGGAUGGGAAAGCGAUAACAAGGAACGCUGUGCUAACCUCUAAAUGUCAGCAAAUAUCUCUCGGCGAAUUAGUCAAUUAACUGAGGCAUGAACUUGCUUUGAGGAACUACAGCUGGUCACGGAGUCCAUUGAAGGCUAUCAGUUUCCCUCUGCACGUUGUGCCUGAGAAUAUGCCGAGCUCUGAGAGUUAUUCAGAUGAUCUGCCACUUAACAUUGAGCAGUUUGACACUGAUGCUGAAUGGCUCUGUCAACAGCGCAGCAGAAAGCCAAUAACAAUUGUUUUCUUUCCCAGUCUCUCCUUUAUGAACCUGGAGUCUUUCAUUGCUGCUAAAUUCCAAGGUUCCUGCAGCGUUUCUAGUUGUGAAUGCCACAGAGUUUCCCCGCAAGCUUUUCAGCAUGUCGACUUGUACAUAGCAGUUUUUUAAAGGUGUCAAGAAAAUCGACAAUUUCCCCCAAUUCGCAGUGCCGGAAAUUUCAUUCUAUAGUUUUUCGCUAGAAAAGGUUAGAAUCCGUGAGGUCUAAAAACAUUUCUGAUGAUCAGACUGAUUUCCAGCUGAAUGGCCAACUCAAAUUAGAAUCAAAAGGUGAACAUCAGAACAGUGGUGCAGUUAGUAGAGACACUGCCUCACAGCGUCAGAAACCCAAGUCCAAUCCUGACCUUGGGUGCUGUCUGUGUGGAGUUUGCACAUUUCCUCGGUGACUGCGUAGGUUUCCUCCGCGCGCUCCGGUUUCUUCCCACGUCCCAAAGAUGUGCAGGUUUGUAGGUUAAUUGCCCGUAGUGUGUAAGGAGUGGAUGGGAAAGUGUAUAACAUAGAACUAGUGUGAACUAGCGAGCUAUGGUCAGCGUGGACUUCAUGGACUGAAGGACCUAUUUCCAUGCUGUAUCUUUCAAUCAAUUAAAUCCAAAAUUUGACUGAGGUUGACAUUCUCACACUGAGGGGUUGUGGUGGUGUCAGAGGUACCUUUUGAAUGGGAUGAAGCUGAGGUCUUUCCCAUCAGCAAAACUGACAGCAUGACAUAACCCACUGCUUCAUAUGAGGGUGCACUAGAGGAAUGCUGCCAGGAUAGGAAGGUAUUACUUACUAGCAGAGGAUUGGACAUGCUGGAACAUCAUGGGUUGAGAGGAGACCUAUAGGUUGAGGGGAGUAUGUAAAAUUGUGAGAGCCUAAGAUAUGGUAGACAGUUUUUCCCAGGGUGGAAAUGUCAUAGCUUUAAGGUGAGAGAGGCAGAGUUAAAGGAGAUACGCAUGGCAAUUUUUUUACACAGAGAGUGGUGGGUGCCUGGAACACACUGCUGGAAGUGGUGGUAGAGGCAGAUACGAUGGUGGCUUUGAAAAGGCUUUUGGACAGGCAUAUAGAUUUGCAGAAAAUGGAGGGAUAUGGAUCACGCACAGGCAGAGAAGAUAACAUGGCAUCAUGUUUGGCUUGGCCAUAGCCUCUUCUAUCCUAAUUGCCUGCACCAUCAUCCCUGGAGGUGCGUUCCUGGCACCCACCACCCUCUGUGUAAUAAUCCUUGCCUCACACAUCUCCUUUACAUUUUGCCCCUCUCACCUUAAUAACCCUGUCCCACGGUGCAUGUUCAUUCCAAGAGCUCUCUCGAGUUUAAAAAAAAUCAAACUCGUGGUAAGCACGGAGAAUGAACUUGACGGGUACGUCGGAGCUCGGGGAUGUCUCUUAGCGCUAACGGCAGGUACUCGGGAAGACUCGCUAACGGCAGGUAAGCACGGGAAGACUCGUGAAGAUUUUUCAACAUGAUGAAAAAUGACCACGAGAGCCCCGAGUACCGACGAGUGGCCAUUACCGUAAAUCUCCGAGUUCGAAUCAGGGCAAACUCGGGAGAACUCUUGGAAUGAACUCGUACCGUGGGACAGGGGUUUAAAGCUAUGUUCCAUGGUCUUUGACGUGUCUACCCUGGUGAGAGAGGUCGCUCUCAGCAUGCCCACAUGCCCAGGUGAGUAAUUGUUAGAGGCUAGACACAAAAUGCUGGAAUAACUCAGCAGGACAGGCAGCAUCUCUGGAGAGAAGAAAUGGUGAUGUUUCAGGUCAAGACUCUUCUUCAGUCUCAGAAUCUUAGUCUUAAACAUGACCUAUCCUUAUUGGCUUCAAGGUCCUUGCAGUGAGUGUCCGAGCCCACCUUGUCUGAUCUGCUGCAACCAUUUGGAAAAUGAUUGACUCCUCUGUGCCAUAUAGUCAGGAGCUUCCCCAGUCUGGAGAGGGGCCGAGUGAUAGGUUGUGUGGUCAGAUACAGAUACAGGGGGAGGUGGGAUGGGAGACAAGAGCUUCCAUGCCGAUGGCAAUGAUCAAAAGAAACAAUUAAACUUUCACCUCCAUACCGAGACAUAAUCAGCAAUUUCUCCUAUCCAAGCCUUUGCCUGUGAAAGUGGGUGCACAGGGGAAUUGUCUGUCGAGCUUCUUAACUUAAUUAUGAAGCUGGAGUGGAAAUUGUAAACAGGCAGCAGCAGCAGCCGAGAAACGUGAACUCCCGUGACAUGUUUUUUUCCCCUCUAUUGAAUAUGUGGAGACAGAACUGUCACGGUUUAGUAAAGCUGUCACCUAGUUAGGAAUAGAAAAAUUGCAUUUGAUUUAUAACUAGGCUUCCUUUUAUGAACCUCGAAGUCAUUCACACUUUAAACCUGUUUCUUCCAAGACAAUAAUGUUCAUCUCAGGGGACAUCCUCUUCCCAUUGCCUUGACGUUGCAUCAUUUACACACAGUACUGCGAGACCUUUCGUUAUACAAGUGUGCCUUUUAUGACAAUCGAGUCUAUUCUGCAUCCCAUCUACAAGCAAAGAAUAAAACAAAUGCUGAUGUCCUUUUUAUAUACAUAGUUGCACUACAUUCCUUACAUAUUUUAUCUGUCACAUUCAUCUAUUGCAAAAUCACAUCAUUAACAUCAAGUUAAAAUUAAUUUAUUUGAAGGUUUCAGUACCAAAGUCACUGAGUGCCCCAUCACAGAAAUACGGUUUGAAGCCUUCGAAAUGACUUUAGAAAUCAUGUUUAGAGAUAGAGACGAAGAAAGAGAGAGAGAGACUGACCCAAGGUUUGGAGCUAUGUACUCUGAAUUUUAGUAGCAGAAAUCUGUUCUCCAGCAGAAUGCAACCUUUUUGACCCACGAACAGAAAGAUAAUAGUUUUUGCAUGAGUGAUCCAAAGGUUCCAAUCCUCCCACACCCUAUUCAAAUAUUGUGUGUAGCUCCAUCUAAUGAAACGGUUGUGUUUUUGUGGGUUAAUCCCCCUGAGGUUUGCUGUUGCAAAUUUGAGCCUGUUUCCCGUCUCAGCAGUUGGUCAGGCCUUGCCUUUAUCUUGGUGCCAUUCAUCUCAUCGUGCAGCCUGGCUUCAUUUUUAUAUAUAUCCUUUCACCACGAUAGUUCCUGGACACAACAUCCUGCUGCUUGGGAUGAUUUCUCAAAGGUCAGUGAACCAAUUCCUUCAUUGUUACUCUCGGCUUAUCUCUCCUCACCUUCCGACGAAACAAAUCAGGCACCUUGAACAGUGAGCAGCCAUCCAUUGUGUAGUGAUUUGGGCUGAGCCGGCAGCUCUGUACCCUUUACUUCCAGCUAUAAUCUGUCAAUUUACCAUUUUUAUCCAUGCCUGCUUUGCACUAAAUAAAGGAUAAUUUGCACUGAUAGGGCUUUUCAUGACUUGAGACGGCUUCACAGCCAAUUUAUUAUUUUAUUUCAAUCGCUUCCACAGCAGGGACAUGGCAAACGUGGAAGCCAAUUAUGUGCACACCAAGUUCAAACCGGCAGCAAUUGAUGAAACCUCUAUGUGAGUAGGUUGUGGGGUAAAUAUUGGUUCGGACACUGGGGACAACUCACCUGUUUUCUUUUGUAUAACCUCUGUGGCACGGUUUAUAACCCAUGAUGCAAGGGCUGGAAGAUGAUCAGUCUGAAGAAGGGUCCCGACAAAAAAAGUCACUUAUCCAUCCCCUCCUCAGACACUGCCUGACCCGCUGAGUUUCCUGAGCACUGGCAGCAUUGUAACACGGGAGUUCAAGCUGUGUGGGAAAGUUUGACAGUUUAUGUGCAAUUCUUAGAUUCACAGCAAACAUGCCAUGUGGUGCGGUAACUCAGUCAGUCAGUCGUUGGGCAGGGGGUGUUUAAUGUAGUUCAGAGUGCCCUCCAGCCCUGGGAACCUGGUCAUAAAACGCAGACUGUGUGGAGCAUCGCAGGUCCGUGACAUCAGAUAACACCAGACACACUAUAUUCAGCAAUGCGAUGAAUGCACCUGGGUUAUGCUUGCAUUACAGGCUCUAGGUAAUGCAGGUGUUUGCACAAGUCAGAGACUUCAAGUGUUCAUGGCCCUGCAUUAGUUUUGAGCAAGAAAAUCAAAUUGUAAGAAACUCAAGUGUAAAUAAGCCCUCAGAAGUUUUAAGGUCGAAUGGGAAAAGUGAGCAUUCACUUUUAAAGAUGCCAUUGUACCCUGUCUCCAUACAUCUCUAAAUAAUCUAUCGUCUGAAGAAGGGUCUCAACCCGAAACGUCGCCUAUUCUUUUUCUCCAGAGAUGCUGCCUGACCCGCUGAGUUACUCCAGUUUUUUAUGUCUAUCUUUACUUACUCACUAACAGACGGCCUAGUGGCACAGCUGAUAGAGCUGCUGGGCAAAGUGUAGAGACCAGGGUUCGAUCCUGACCUCGGGUGCUGUCUUUGUGCAGUUUACACAUUCUCCCUGUGACCGCAUGGGAUUCCUCUGGUUUGCUCCCACAUCCAAUAGACAUGUGGGUUUGUAGCAUAAUUGAGCCCUCUCUAAAUUGUCCCCAGUGUGUAAGGAGUGGAUGUGAAAGUGGGACAACAUAGAACCAGUGUGAACAGGCGAUCGAUGGUCGGCGUGGAUCUGGUGGGUUGAAGGGGCUAUAUUCAUGCUGUAUCUUUCAAUCAAUCAGCCAACAAAGUGAACAACUUGGAUCAUCACCAUGGAGCAGAUCACAAGUUUUCUCCUCUAUAUAAUCCUGAUCAUAAUUAAUGAAAAGCAAGAUAAUCACCCUAAACGCCCUACGCGUUUACAAUGCAGCACUCCCAAAGUACUUCGGCCUAGAAUUCAUGAUAAAGUCUGGAGUGAGGCUUGAACCCACUAAUCUCUGAAGUGACCGUGACAACUACUAAGUCACAGCAUUUGUUUACUUUAGGUUAGAGAUACAGCAUGGAAACAGGCCCUUCGGCCCACCGACCAUCAAUCACCUGCACAUUGCUUCUAUCCUACAAUUUUCAGAAGCCAAUUAACCUACAAACCUGCACACCUUAGGGAUGUGGGAGGAAACCAGGGCACCCGGGGGAACCCAAGCGGCCAAAGGGAGAACGUGCAAACUCCACACAGACAGCACCCGAACAGACAGGAUCGAACCCGGGUCUCUGGCGCUGUGAGGCAGCAGCUCCAUCACUGUGCCACGCGGAUGCAUUACCAUCAGGUACUAAGACAUCGAAUUGGAAGUUCCUAAAUCCUUCAAAGGAUGUAAGAAUAAUCACUCUGUAACUGAGAGGGGGCUGAGUCUUGUAAAUUGGAGAGAAGGUGAGAACAGCGUUGAGCUCUUUGUGGUGGCUGUGCCGUUAUCUGAACCACUGCAGCAAGUGUAGAGCAAUUAGCAGACUAUAUAGACAGAGUAAUCCCAUGGGCUGGGGUAACAUUCACCAUGCCCAGUGCCGCUCACAUGAGAGCUACUGAAUAAUCAUGCACCACAGCUGCCGGCACUUCAGAGCACUGAUGAGGCAAACACUGACUCGAUUAAUCACGCUGUUUUAAAACAGGGGCAUAACUGAGCAAUUUACUGUGUGAGGCAGCGUUGCCUUUACAUAUGAUAAUCACUGACGAAGGUUGAGUGAAGAACCCACUCUGCAACAGGGACGUGUAGCAAACAGGAGCACAGAAUUGAAAGCCAAGCACUUUAAAGAAACUCGGCUCCUGUUCCCCAGGUCAUUCUGUGCUGAUUUGUAACCAGCAGUGCCAUCAGAAGCAGUCUUUUUAUUCACUUACAGAUACCCUGUGAACAUCUGAAUGUCAAAGGCAGGCAGGUGGGAGGGGUCAUUUCCUUCACUUGAUCACCACCCUGCAUGGUGACUGUUGCGUGGAUCAGCCCACCUGAGAUUUGGCAAGGGCCUGAGAGAGUGUCCUUUUCCAUCACACUGCUCGCUCCCCCAGAAUGUCCCAACGCCAAUGAAAUACAUAUUCUCAAGCCUAGUCAGCACUGAGAUGGAGAAGCGUGGCUGCUAGUUUGUACACAGCCAGCACCACAGACCUAAUGUGAUAAUUACUGGUGGCUGAGGGAUAAAUAUUAGCUAAGACACCAUGAUUUUAAUAUCAAAGGGCACGUCUGUAACAGAGGGUGUGUGUGUGUGUGUCUGUGUUCCAAUUAGGGAUCUGUUCCAUUGUGAGUCUGAGUGAUAAUAGGUGCUUCACCUCUGUGAGUGUGUGUGCUUACAUGUGUGGAUGGUGUGCAUGCUCCAACGAGGCAGUCCGUUCCAUUGUGAGUCCUAGUAACAACAGAUGCAUCACCUCUGUGAGUGUGUGUGCUUGCGUGUGUGCGUAUGUGUGUGUGUUCCAAUGGGGGGGGGGGUCAGUUCCGUUGUGAGUCUUAGUAACAAUGGUUGUGUCACCUUCCGUGUGUAUUUGUGAUGUGUCUGCGUACAUGUGUGUGCGUGUUCCAGUGGUAGUCAGUUCCAUUGUGAAUCUCAGUAAUACUGGGUGUAUCACCUCUGUAUGUGAGCAUACGUGUGUGGGAGCACGACUGUAUGUGUCAGUUCUAGUGCACGUGCCUGUUUGUGCUGGUUCCCCUGCGAUGUCAGUAUUAAUGAGUGUGUAAUUUCCAGCAUGUGUGUUAAUACCACUGAGUGCUACAGGUCCAGUGAAGGGAUGAGUUCCAGCCAGUAUGUUAUUUCUCAUGGGUGUGCUGUCUGGGUAUGACAGUGUCAGUGACUGAGUACCUAUUAUAUAACCUGACCACCUCACCACUGAUCAUUCCUUCCGAAAAAUACUGUUUACAAGAAGCCUCUCUGCAAAACUUGCUGGUGGCACUUGCUGGUGAUUGAUUGAAAGAUACAGACAUGAUACAAAAUAUCUUGAGCAGCAAUUAGUGCUUUGGCUUUUGAAAACGAUAAACCCAGUAUAAAACUGCAGCCAAUUAUCUUGUAAUCGAGUAGGAAGGAACCACAGAUGCUGGGUCAAACCGGAGAUAGACAC